GGUCACGAGUGCGUGAACCGCUAAUGCCAGUUGGCGACGCUCGCCGACAGCAGACCUGAUCGCUUGCUUGCUCCACUUUACUGACACAGGCAAGAUGAAAGCCACUGUCUUCGUUCUCGGGCUUCUGUUCGCUGUGCAUGGGACUCUUUCGUCCCGAAUCCUCUUCAUACAAACUUCGCCGUCAAUAAGUCACGCCUCCCCAAUAAAUAAGAUAAUAGAGUCUCUGCUGCGCAGGGGCCACCACGUCACCCACAUAUCUGCUGAUCUUCUCGAGACAAAUCAUGCCAACUACUCGACCGUCAGCACGCGCGAGUCUUACAAGUUCGUUGAGGACUUCAACAUAUCCACGAUGGCGGACACGUGGCCGAUGCUGCUGGCCGAAGCUUAUCACGAGGAGGGCAUCACCAUGUGUCAUCUCCAGUUCAACCUCCCGCAGAUGAAGGAAUGGCUCAAGAAGGAUGAGAAGUUCGACUUAGUGGUGACAGAGCGACUGCCGUUCCAGUGCUACUAUGGGCUGGUGCACAGAGCGGGCCGUCCACCACUAGUGGGGAUUGUUACGCUGCCUGCCAUGAUGCCCAGCCACUACACCAUCGGCAACCCCACCAACCCCGCCUACCUGCCGGACGUGUUUGUCGGGCUGCCUGACCGCAUGACAUUCUGGCAGCGCCUCUACAAUACGUACCACUACCUGCGCUUCAUGCACUACUGGUUCUACACUGUCCUGCCAGAGCACGAGGUCGUCAUGCGGCAGUACUUCGGGCCCGAGCCGCCAUCUGUUUUUGAAACAGAUCGCAAUUUCAGCCUGCUUAUCGUCACAGCCCACUUUAGCAGCCACUACCCCAGGCCAAACCUGCCCAACGUCAUCGAGCUCACGGGACUGCAUGUCGAGACUGACACUAAGCCACUACCGCAGGAGCUGCAAGAGUUUCUGGAUGGUGCGAAGCAUGGUGCUAUCUACUUCAGCCUGGGUACCAAUGUCAGGAGCAGCACAUUGCCUCCGCACACAGUGCAGGCCUUCCUGGAGGCCUUCCGUGAGCUGCCACAGUGCAUUGUUUGGAAAUGGGAGAAUGGAAGCCUUCCCUGGAAACCGGAUAAUGUGCUUGUAGGAAAAUGGUUUCCCCAGCAGGACAUUUUAGCACACCCAAAUGUGAAGCUGUACAUAAUGCAAGGUGGACUGCAGAGCAUAAACGAGGCUGCAUACCGAGGCAUCCCACUCAUCGCCAUCCCCUUCUUCUCAGACCAGACACACAACGCUGCGAAGAUAGACUUUUCUGGUAUAGGCCUCCGGCUCUGCCUCAAGGACAUCACCAAAGAAUCUGUGUUGCGGUCUGUCCAAACUGUACUGGGCAACGCUAAGUACCAUGAGAACAUGAAGCAGUACUCCAUUCUAUUCCGUGAACAUCGACAACAUUCUGUGGAAACAGCUGUCUGGUGGCUAGAGUACGUUAUAAGGCACAAUGGAGCUCCACACCUUCGCAGUGCCGCUGUUGACUUGUACUGGUGGCAGCUGCUACUGCUUGAUGUAAUUGGCUUUCUGUUGCUUGUUGUAGGAUUUGCAGUAGCAGUUGUCUAUUUUGGAACACGAAAAUUGAUCAAGGCAUUGAAAAGUAAAAAACAUGUAAAAACAAAGAAACAAUAACUUGUUUCCAGUUAUGAUGUGACCUUCACUGGAAGCAUUGCAUUUACAUGCACAUUGGUGUUGAGCUAUGUCUGUGUGGAUUAUUUAAGGCUGAGCUUCAUGCUGAAUGGUUUCACAAAUGACAUUUUGUGAGUGAAAACAAAUCCAUGUGACAGAACAUUGUAUUCUGUCUACAAACAUGUCCACUGAUAAGUUAUAGAUUCAUCUAUUAAAAAUAACGGUCUCAUUCAUCAAA